UUAGUCUUAAUUGUGUGGUGAUCGUGUAACAUUGUUUGAUCAACAAUGGGAUUGUUUAAGCUGUUUUAUAUGUUCUCUCCUGUCCGCCAUUUCAUUGCGAUCGCCGUGAUAUCUGUGGGCGUGGCUUACGUCUUGAGGAAGUAUUUUCGAGAACGCAAGACUGAAUAUGCUUACGAGGCUUAAGUUUCUACUGUAAUCAACUACUGCGCACAGGAUUUAGUCAAAAUGUUGAUGUAAUCAGGUCACUGUGAACAAGAUGGCUUCCUCGAGUAAGGAUGCUGAUAUUGAGGGGGCGAAAAAACCCCUCAUCCCCUCAGAGAACAAACCCCAGGAAGACUCGAUAUACAGACAGCUGUUCCUGGGGUCCGUGGUAGUCAGUCCCAACAUUCUGUCAGGCAUGGCUCUAGGCUACAGCGCUGUCACGCUCCCACAGCUCAACUACGCUCUUGAUGAUAGUUCUUGGUUCGCAAGUAUUGUCUUCUUGGGAGUUGCCGUUGGCUGCUUUCUGGUGAACCCUGUAAUGGACAAGUUUGGCAGAAAACCGACUCUCAUUGUAAGCAGCGUGAUUGGCCUCAUUGGAUGGCUGUUUCUAUCAAUCCGUGCUGGACCUCCCACCCUGGCUAAGCUCUACAUUGGUCGAUUCAUCACUGGACUCUCCGCAGGGAUGACAGCAGGACCUGCAGCUGCCUACGCAUCAGAAUGUCUCUCUGUUGAAAAUGACAAACUACGAACGAUUUUGAUCACUUGGUCUACCGUCGCUUUGAGUGUUGGAAUUCUAUUUUCUUACGUCAUGGGCUCCCUGUUGGCCUAUUACAAGGUGGCUAGUCUUGCUUGUCUAAUUUCAAUCCUUGCUUUUAUCAUGGUUGCCAUAUUCAUCCCAGAGAGCCCAGCUUGGCUUGAGUCCAAAGGUCGUUCCGGUGAUGCAGAGUGGGCUCAGAAACAACUGAACAUUAAGGUCCCUGCUAAACCCAGUGCAGAGUCAUCUGCUCAGCCGAGCACUCCCACUGAAGCUGCUCAAAAACUCUCAAUGGCUGACUCUAUCAGGGAGUUUAAGAAACCUGAAGUAUACAAACCUCUCUUGAUAAUGAUUUUCUUCUUUUUCUUCCAACAGUUUUCUGGAGUUUAUGUUCUAAUUGCUUACAUGGUAGACGUCACUAGGCUUGCUGGAGUAGUGAUCCUGAACCCUUACUUCAUCACUAUUGUUGGAGGUACUCUCAUGUUGAUUGUAUCUAUCGGUGCCAGUUUUGUUUACCCCAAGACUAGCGUCAGAGCAAUCGCCUGUCUCUCAGGAGCAGGGAUGGCUGUUUCUAUGUUCUUCAUUGCGAUAUAUCUAAAUAUCCGAGGAUCGUGGUUGAUUGGACCAACUUAUUCCUUCACAAAUUUCAUUCCCUUGACAGCUUUUCUCUUCAACAUUGUGUGCAGUACCAUAGGCUUUUUGAUUCUUCCAUGGUCCAUGAUGAAUGAAGUAUUCCCUCUGCAUGUGAAAGGUCUGGCUACCGGUCUUACAACAUCUUUGGGCUUUGUCUUUAGUUUCUUUGCCAUAAAAAUGUUCCCGUAUCUAAGCAUUUCGCUCGGAAGAUCUGAAACAUUUUAUUUCUUCGGUCUUAUGUCUCUGCUGGGAACUCUUUUUGUGUAUGCAUUCCUGCCUGAGACCAGAGGGAAAACUCUUGAAGAGGUUUUGGAAUCUUGGUCCAAGAAAAAGCCAUCAGGACAAGAAAAUGUGUAAUCUUUUUUAACAAGGACAUUCCCAUAGGUUAUAAAGUAUAGGUUUACAGAUGUUAUAUAAGUUAUUGAGCACAUACAUAAAUGAUACUAAGCUAAAUCUGUGUUGGUUACUAACGAAGUAAAUUAUUAUUUGUAAGGUGGGAAUUAAGGGACAAAACAUAUUGUUUUGUUAUGACUGUAAAAUAGAAUCUUUUCGUAGAAAUGUUUAGUUUUGUGUUUUGUUAUGUUUUAUGUAGGUCACUUCUAAAUGGUGUUUAAAUAUUUUGAAUCAAUUUCUUGUUCUGUGUUAUUGUAUGGACUUUUUUUUUUACUUUUGUAUUUUUAUAUCUCAGUGCACUAUCUAGACUGACAGACAAAUUAUGUACCUAUACUUAUUUUAGCUCUUGUGAUUUUUCCUAACUAGUCUAAUGUUACUUUGUAGUUAAGUGUGCUACUUUUUGCUGGAGAACAAAUAAUUAUUGUUGGUCUGUCAAAAUAAAUUCUGAUUGUCUCUGAGAAUAAAAUGAAUUUAUUUCAUA